UGUUUGCAGAGGGCAGGGCGGAAAACCAGCGAGCAGCGUGAUCCACUCGAGCAGCGUGAUCCACUCGGGCCGCCGGUAGCCUCCGAGCUGACACCGGCUGCGCCCGACGACCCGCAGCGCCCCCGGCCAGGCACGAAGCUGUUUUCCUGCCAGACCGCCCCGUAUGCAAACAAGAGGCAGCUGGGUGGCGAGGCGCGGGCUGCUGACGCCUGACAGGUAAUCCAGCUCCGAGGGCUCCUCCUGUGCUGUAAGCCACUGGGUUACUGUCCCACACUUCACUGCACCCAAGAAGAGAAAUAGCCUGAUACAGUGAUGAGAAACCUUUCAGAGAAAGGCCCUCUAAAAUCCAAAUGACCUGCUGUUACACAAGAGCCUGUGGCCUGGAAGGAAGUGUUUCACCUCUUUGCCAAAAGUCAGCCUACUGCUUGUUUUGUCUGCCUAAAUUCCUCUCCUAGUUUCUGUGGGACACUUGCUCUUCAUUUCUCCCCUUCUAAAUGGCACUGCUCCCUGCACUGCCAAGGCAGAUGUGUUUGAAGAACUGCUCAGCUCCUCAAGGCUGUUAUGACAUACAGACUUAUGCCAAAAAAACCCCAAACCCCACACGAGAACCACCCUUCCACCUCUUGUAGUUUUAGUGUGAAGCACAACAAAGUUGAUUCAAGCGGGUGUCCUGUGAGUCAGUGGCAAACCUUGUCCAGCAGAUGUGAGAACAUGGACACGGCAAUCUCCCUCGACUUGGGCCCCGGAAGGAAUGAACUCCCCUCCCACAAAUCGGAGAAAAUGCCCAAAUUGUUGCCGAAAUUUGCCAGUGCUGCUCACCGGGCGCCCAAGCCCUCAGGACACGGACUCCUCCGAGUCACAGACGGCGGUCACCAGCCCCCUGCGCAGCUCCCGCCGCGGCGAUGCCUUCACAUCCAGCCCGGGCCGGGACCUGCCUCCCUUCGAGGAUGAGUCCGAAGGGCUCCUGGGUACCGAGGGGCUCCCUGAAGAGGAGGAGGAAGGAGAAGAGCUCAUCGGGGAAGGGAUGGAAAGGGACUACCGCCCCAUCCCCGAGCUGGACGUCUAUGAAGCAGAGGGCCUGGCCUUGGAUGAUGAGGAUGUGGAGGAGCUGACCGCCAGCCAACGGGAAGCCGCAGAGCGAGUCAUGAGGCAGCGAGACCGCGAGCUGGGCCAGGGCAUGGGCCGCAUGAGGAGAGGGCUGCUCUACGAUAGUGACGAUGAAGAUGAAGAUCGUCCCUCACGGAAGAGGCGGCUGGCGGAACGGGCUGCCGAUGGCAUGGAAGAGGAAGAUGAAGACAUGAUUGAGAGCAUUGAGAAUCUAGAAGACAUGAAAGGGCAUUCAGUGAGGGAGUGGGUUUCCAUGGCAGCUCCUCGUCUUGAGAUUUAUCACCGCUUCAAGAACUUCUUGAAGACCCAUGUGGAUGACCAUGGGCACAAUGUCUUCAAGGAGAGGAUCAGUGACAUGUGCAAAGAGAACAGAGAGAGUCUGGUGGUGAACUACGAGGAUCUGGCAGCCCAGGAACAUGUCCUUGCCUACUUUCUACCUGAGGCCCCAGCAGAAAUGCUGAAGAUCUUUGAUGAAGCAGCCAAGGAAGUGGUGUUGGCCAUGUACCCCAAAUAUGAUCGGAUUGCUCAGGAGAUCCAUGUCCGCAUCUCCCACCUCCCGCUGGUGGAAGAGUUGCGGUCUCUCAGGCAACUGCACUUGAAUCAGUUGAUCCGGACCAGUGGAGUGGUGACGAGUUGCACAGGGGUGCUACCUCAGCUCAGCAUGGUCAAAUACAACUGCAGCAAGUGCAGUUUCAUCCUGGGACCCUUUUUCCAGUCCCAGAACCAGGAAGUGAAACCCGGUUCCUGUCCAGAGUGUCAGUCUCUUGGCCCCUUUGAAAUCAACAUGGAAGAGACAGUCUAUCAGAACUACCAGCGCAUCAAAAUCCAGGAGAGCCCCGGGAAGGUGGCUGCUGGCAGGCUGCCCCGCUCCAAGGAUGCCAUUCUUCUUGCUGAUCUGGUUGACAGCUGCAAGCCAGGGGAUGAGAUUGAGCUAACAGGGAUCUACCACAACAACUAUGAUGGCUCCUUGAACACUGCCAACGGGUUCCCAGUGUUCGCUACUGUGAUCCUGGCCAACCACAUCGCCAAGAAGGACAACAAGCUGGCGAUUGGAGAACUGACUGAUGAAGAUGUGAAAGUGAUUGUGGGUCUGUCCAAGGAUGAGCAAAUAGGGGAGAAGAUUUUUGCCAGCAUUGCCCCAUCUAUUUAUGGGCACGAAGAUAUCAAGAGGGGCUUGGCUUUGGCUCUCUUCGGUGGAGAGCCCAAAAACCCAGGUGGCAAACAUAAAGUCCGUGGUGACAUCAACGUGCUUCUGUGCGGGGACCCUGGUACAGCAAAGUCACAGUUUCUUAAGUACAUAGAGAAGGCAUCUAGCAGAGCCAUCUUCACCACUGGCCAGGGUGCUUCUGCUGUGGGCCUCACAGCCUAUGUUCAGAGGCACCCAGUCAGCAAGGAGUGGACUUUGGAGGCAGGAGCCCUUGUGCUGGCUGACAGAGGCGUUUGCCUGAUCGAUGAAUUCGACAAGAUGAAUGAUCAGGAUAGGACCAGCAUCCAUGAAGCGAUGGAGCAGCAAAGCAUUUCCAUCUCCAAAGCAGGCAUUGUUACAUCUCUGCAAGCUCGCUGCACAGUUAUUGCUGCUGCCAAUCCUAUAGGUGGGCGAUAUGACCCGUCGUUGACUUUCUCAGAGAAUGUGGACUUGACUGAACCCAUCAUCUCUCGAUUUGAUAUCCUGUGUGUGGUGAGAGACACGGUGGACCCUGUGCAGGACGAAAUGCUUGCCCGGUUUGUAGUUGGCAGCCAUGUCAAGCACCACCCAGGUAGCAAGGACACGGUGAAUGGGGACACCAGUGAGGUUGUUCUGCCCAACACAUAUGGAGUUGAACCUAUUCCCCAGGAGAUCCUGAGGAAAUACAUCAUCUAUGCCAAAGAGAAAGUCCACCCAAAACUCAACCAGAUGGACCAGGAUAAGGUGGCCCGGAUGUACAGUGACCUCAGGAAAGAGUCUAUGGCCACCGGCAGCAUCCCCAUCACAGUGCGGCACAUCGAGUCCAUGAUCCGCAUGGCCGAGGCUCACGCCCGCAUGCACCUGCGGGACUACGUGGUGGAAGAUGAUGUCAACAUGGCCAUCCGGGUGAUGCUGGAGAGCUUCAUCGACACGCAGAAGUUCAGCGUCAUGCGGAGCAUGCGCAAGACAUUCUCCCGCUACCUUUCGUUCAAGAGAGACAACAACGAGCUGCUCCUAUUCAUCCUGAAGCAGCUGGUGGCAGAGCAGGUGAUGUACCAGAGAAACCGCUAUGGGGCCCAGCAAGACACCAUUGAAGUCCCAGAGAAGGACCUGGUGGAUAAGGCUCGACAGAUCAACAUCCACAACCUCUCUGCCUUCUAUGACAGUGAAGUGUUCAAGAUGAACAGGUUCAGCCGGGAUGUGAAGCGGAAGCUGAUUGUGCAGCAGUUCUGAGGCUGGCAGCCGAGUUCACCACAUGCUCCUUUGAGAUGAGACCGUGGUCUUGCAGACCUCCCAGGAGCAAUCAGAGAUCACCAUCCAGAGGGACUAAGCUGCACAGUCUCUUACUUGCUUUGUGCCUUGUGGAUUAAGGGAAGACUGAGCUGCUGGAGACAUUGUAAAUAGAAGAGAGUUAAGUAGUUAAAUGCCCAGCCAAGACUGUUGAACAGCUUUGUUCACUAUUUUGCCUUGUAGCUUAGCACAACAGGGAGAGAAUUGCUGGCCACAUAGAUGGCAUAUUUGCUGUUUGUUUGUUACUUGUUGUUAUGGGCUCAUCUGCAGGAGGGACAGAGUGGGAGCAUUCAAAAAGCAUUUGUCUGCCUUAUCCACGCCCCUUGGGUUGCAAGCACUCCCAGAGAUUCUCUUUUCCCAUCUCUGGUGACUGUGCAGCCUGCUGGGUGGUAAUUGAGACUGCUUUCAACUCUCCAUGAACCAGCCAGCCUCGGCUCCAGGCCUUUGUGCCUGACACUUGACAUUUCCCCAGGUGCCCACAUGGAUUGACCUUGUGCCCAUUUUCUGCAAGUGAGCUGAGGGGUGGAGCAGAGGAAGUGAUGUCUGAAAUAAAACAACCAUUUCUAGUAUUGGUGGUGAUCUGUAAGGGCAGUGAAAGCUUCAGUACAUACUGAGGAGUGUCCAGAAGCCUUAGUGAAGGAGCUUCCCUUGUCUUUCUGGAUGUUACGUGCAGCUGUCAGCAGAUGUGAAUUUGUGGCUGGAUUACAGUGCUGGCACCUCAACACCAUCUCUUGGACCCAUCUGUUGAGGGUGAGGUACCAUGGUUUUGGGAGUAGCAAUGCAGAAAUCUUGAGCUCAGUGUUCACAUGAGAUUUUCUUGUGGCAUUCAUUUUAAAUACAUUUGUUUUUCAGUA